AUGGCUGAAGAAGAAUCAAAUUCCAAACCUUCAUAUCCUCUGAAAGUUUUUUAUUGCGGUAACUGUUCACUUCCUCCAGAAUACUGUGACUUUUCCUCAGACACGGAUCGUUGUCGGGAAUGGCUUGAAAAGUAUUUACCUGAUGAGUUUAAUAGAAUUAUGACAUGUACUGGGACUGCUGGAGGUGAUGACUCUGAUGAGAAAAAACGUCAAAAACGUGGUGGAAAAGGUAUGGUUAAGUCAAAGAAGAAAGAUGAUGGACCCAAACAAGUAUGUUUAUCCAGAGCACCAAGAGGCAAAAAGAAAUCUGUUACUGUUGUAACUGGCUUGAGUACAUUUAACAUUGAUUUAAAAGUUGCGGCUAAAUUUUUUGGUACUAAAUUUGCUUGUGGAUCAAGCGUGACUGGCGAGGAUGAAAUUGUCAUACAAGGUGAUGUCAAAGAUGACCUGUUUGAUAUAAUACCUGAAAAAUGGCCUGAAAUUGAUGAAGAUUACAUUGAAGACCUUGGAGAUCUUAAACGGUGA